AUGUCCACGUUGAUGGCGCGAAGCGACCGCUUCGCGAGGGUCGGUCUUGAGCAGGUGACUCAAGACGCGUCUGACGUGGUCGAGUAUGGGUUCCCACGUCCCGAUGAGCAGCGGCUCUCGGCAGCAGACACCACCGUGGUUGAGCGGAGGUUCCCACGCACGGACGAGCAGCGGCUCUCCGUCGAAGACGAACAAGAAGACGUGGCUGAGUGUGGUCUCCCACGUGCGGUCGAGCAGGGGCUCCCGCAUGUGGUCGAGCAGGGGCUCCCUGAUGAAGUUGACGCCAAUGUCGUGUCCCGGCGUCUGAGAACUGCAGACUUGGUCGAGCGUGGUCUCCCACUGCCUGCUACGGAGGAGUUUGUCCGACCUGUCCGUCGCCGUGGUCGCCGCCCGCCUCGGCGACCCCACGCUCCACCGUACGAGUCAGACGUGUCUGACUCCGAGGUCAUCGCCGUUCUGAUGGGGGAUGACGCGGCGACGAACCCGCGUACGUGCGACGUCGUGGUCGCACGCCCCCCGUGUAACGCAUCCGAGAUCACCACGUUGCCUGGCUUGUCGUGGAAACACUUCCUCCACAACUUGAAGCAUGGUGAGAUCGAGCAGGUUUGCAUGAUCGUCGCGGACAACACCGCGACUAUUGCGGCUGUCGGCGCUGAUGUUGAUGUCGGUGACCCCGCGUCCGACGCCCGGGAACGCCCGAAAGGCACUGAGCCUAAGUCCGCCCAUGAAGCCCGCUAUUUGGCCAAGUCGUUACCGGCACUCGAAGCCGCCGGCAACCCGGUUGCUCCGCUGGUCCGCGAGUUCAUCGACAUCUUCCCCGACAAGGUCCCGGCUGAACUUCCCCCCGAUUGUGGCGUUCGGCACGAGAUCGAUCUCGUGCCCGGCUCAAAGUACUGUACCAAUAUCCUUGCCGACGCACUCUCGCGUCGACCGGAUUACGUGCAAUCCGGCUGCCAUGCAGUUGGCGACGAGGAUGACGACGAUUGCGCUGUGUGCACCACUGAUGAAGUUGCUGCUGUUGAAGUCGCAGCGACCACUCCGCUUCGAGACCUGAUUACAGCUGCGUACGAGUCGGAUGCGUCGUGCUCCGAGUUGGUCAAGUAUCUGAGAGAACCAUCGGAAGCGGCGCGGCGCCUCACCCCCCCACGUAUCGUCGUCCCGCUUGACGAUGAUCUCAGAGCCCGACUGAUCCAUGAGUUCCACGAUACACCCAGCAGUGGCCACCUCGGGCGCGAAAAGACCUUCGCGUCGCUCUCGCGCGACUUCUACUGGCCGCACAUGUAUAAGUGGGUGCGGAAGUGGGUACGCUCGUGCGAAGCGUGCCAACGCGUGAAGCCAACUCCGUCAAAUCUUCCGCGAGAUGCCCAUGGCCGCACAAGCAUACUUGUUUUCGUCGACCGAUUCAGCAAGAUGGUCCAUCUUGCCCCUGUCGCUUCCUCGAUCACCGCAUCUCAGUCGGCAGCGUUGUUUCUCGACACGGUCUACCGCCAUCAUGAACUGCCGUGUUCGAUCGUCUCCGACCGUGAUCCGCGUUUUACAGCGGCCUUCUGGACGGAACUCUUCAAGCGUUGGGACGCGGUUGGCUACGUCCACCGCGUCGCACCCGAAACGGACGGUCAGACUGAACGCGCUAAUCGGGUUGUCGAAGACGUCUUGCGGAGCUAUGCCACGUCGUUCACGUCGUGGAGCUCAUUCCUGCCCAUGGUGGAGUUCGCCAUCAACAAUGCCACUCAUGCGUCAACGGGACUGACACCAUUUUUCGUGAACUUCGGCCGCCACCCCCGAGUUCCGGCGCUCCUCGGACUGGAGCGCCCUCCACCGUCUCAACUGCCAGGGUCCCACGACGAUGCGACUCCUACUUCCACUGGUGGCGCCCCCACCGAGGCGUCCGAGAUGACAGCUGACUCACAUGUGAACGCGGUGAGCACGCGAUCUUCCUCGCGGAUCUCCAGCCAGGGCCCUCUUACACGAGCCGCCGCACGAGCGGCGACUGCUUCUGCUUACUUGGUACGGUGGACCGGUCCGCUGGACGACAGCUGGGAGCCUCGGGAGGUGCUGCUGGCGGACGUUCCGGAUUGCGUGGAGGCGUACGAGGCCGGCCUUCUACGGGGCGCGACUCCUCGUCGCGCCUAG